GUCAGCGGCCCGCGGCUCACCGAAGCUUAGUAUUACUCCUGCCCUAACUAACUAGCCAGCUCUUACUUAUGUCGGCAGCUGCCUGUUGUGCAUAGUUCGUGACAUCAUUAAGCCGUGCCGCGGCUUACCCCACCAAAUGCUCUCCAAUGUCUUGCCUCUCAUGACCGUCCAGCGCCCGCAAUUGACACCCUCACACUUUGGAGCUUCUUCUUCUUCUCACCAGCUCAACACCCUCAAAGCACCGCCAAGAUGCCCGUAGAAACCAAAUUCGACCCCAAGGACAUGCAGUUCAGGCGCCUGGGCCCUGCCGGCCUCAAGGUGUCUGUCCUGUCCCUUGGCGGUUGGCUGACGUAUGGAGGAACCCAGAAGGGCUCCAUCGUCAAGGACUGCAUGGAGGAAGCCUGGAACCACGGAAUCAACUUCUUCGACACUGCCGAGGUCUAUGCAGCUGGAGAGUGUGAAAUUGAAAUGGGCAAGGCCUUCAAGGAGCUGCAAUGGCCGCGUGACGAGUAUGUCUUGUCAACAAAGAUAUUUUUUGGAACACGGAGGCAGGAGCCCAACACCAGGGGUCUGUCUAAGAAGCACAUUGUCGAGGGGUUGAAGAGCUCUCUGAAGCGACUUGACCACUCCUACGUCGACAUUGUCUUUGCUCAUCGCUUCGACCCCGAUGUACCGAUGAAGGAGAUAGUCGAGGCUUUCACUCAGACGAUCAACAUGAACUUGGCCUACUACUGGGGCACUUCUGAGUGGUCUGCAGAGCAGAUUCAAGAGGCGUGCGACAUAGCAGAGAAGUAUCACCUCAUUGCACCAGUCGUCGAGCAGCCCCAGUACAACGCCUUCCAUCGUGAAAGGUUCGAGAAGGAGUACGCUCCGUUGUACAAGAAGUACCAAUACGGUACCACCAUCUGGAGCCCUCUGGCAAGUGGCAUGCUUACGGGCAAGUACAAUGACGGUAUCCCCGAGGACAGCCGCUUCGCAACCAACUCCGACUUCUUCAAGAAGACGAUUGAGGAACUCAAGAGUGAAGAGGGACAGGCCAAGAUCAAGAAGGUCAAGGAGCUCACCAAGAUUGCGGAGAGGCUUGGAGGCACGACGACGCAACUGGCGCUUGCCUGGGCUGCAAGCAACCCCAACGUUAGCACCGUCAUUCUUGGAGCAUCGAAGCCCGAACAGAUCAAAGACAACUGUGGCGCCAUGAAGCUGCUGCCCAAGUUGACUCCGGACGUCUUGGAGGAGAUUGAGAAGAUCCUUGCCAACAAGCCGUAGGUAGUAAAAUGAUACUAGCCUAGUCUCAGAGUCAUGUUCUCGUGCUUGAUGAAGUGUCAUAGUCAAUAUCAGGUCAGGCCAAGACCGAAUAGAUAGAAAUAUGCACGUAACCUUGCCACCUCUCACACACACUCACA